UACUGUAGAAAUGGUUUGUGACUGGCAUGCAGGAUCCUGAUGCAGACGCAGUCGCAAUGCAGCGGACAUCCCAUGAUAACGUCUCAUUCGGACACGAAGAAGCUAGUUGGCUUCCAAGCUGAUGGUUGCUUUUCGUCGCAGCGCGGUCGCCCGCGGGAGUCGCUCAUGUAGCUGGUAAAAAUGUGUACGCUGAUUGCAUUUUUUGCUGUCAGUCUUUGACGAACGGUUUGCGGUUCCUUGCCGAUUCCAGCGUCGAUCAAACCAGGAAACCAUGGCUCAUCAACCUGUGGAUGCCCAGCAUUCAGUGGAAUGGAUCAAUGCGAUUGUGGAGCAGCUAUGGCCAUAUAUCAAUGGUGCAGCACAGGAUUGGCUGGAGAACACGUUGCUCCCGGAGAUUGGCGACAAGCUGGGCUCGUCUGUUAGCCUCACCAUUGACAAGUUUGACUUUGGGCAAGAGUCGUUCCGUCUGGAAGGAGUCACUGUUUAUCCGAAACGUGAUGCCAGUCGUCUGAUAGUCGUGGAUACCGACAUCAACUAUGACGGCGACUUACACGUUUCGGCUCUCAUCUCUGGCGUAUCCGUGGGAGUUCAAAAUGUGAAGUUGACUGGUCGUCUGCGUCUGCUGCUUGGACCAUUACUAAAGAAACUUCCUCUGCUUGGUGCCAUCACUGGCUUCUUCUUACGGUCACCGACCUUCUCCUAUGAGCUGACUGGUGUGGCGACUCAACUAGAUGCAUUGGGAUUGCAGCCACUGAUUGAUGGUGCUGUGGAGUCGAUUAUCAAUCAGACCGCUGUGCUGCCUAACCGCUUUGUCUAUGUUCUGGCCAGCGAGAGCGUGGAUGCCUCAAUUGUCCAAUAUCCCGAUCCACAGGCACUUUUGGAGAUCAAGCUUCUUGGACUGUCCAAUGUGGACAGCAAAGACAUCGGUCGGCAUAAGAAGUCUGAUGUUGUUGUCAAGGUGGAAGUGGCCGGCCUUGUCUUUCAAACCAGUGCAUAUGAAGAUGUCAAAAAUGUGACAUUGAAUACUACUUUCAAGGCCAUCUUAAAUGAACACGAGGACACGAUCAUGACCAUCUCCGUUCUUGAUGAGGACAAGGUCGCUGGCUCGAAUGCAGUGUAUGAGAAGAUUGGAAGCACGGAAAUCAACUUGUCACGUGUCAAGCCGCAAGAUAGUCUGACAGUGACUUUGGACGAGUCCAAGUCCACCGAGCUGUCGCUGGAGCUGAGCCGCUUUGAUCUCCACUCACUGGUUCCGCAGACCGUUUCUACAACCGAAUCGUACCUGGUUGUUGCUCGUCUUGGUCGAAUUGAGGGCAUUCAGCUCAGUGGAUCAACAACUUUCUCCGGCCGUCUUGCUUUGGGAGACAAGGAGUGGCAACUAAAGGUCGCAAACGAGGUCAAGGGUGACACGGCGAGCCCCUUGACCUUGUCAGGAAGUGGGGUGUUCACCAUGGCAGUGGACAGUCCAUCAGUGGACUAUGCAGUGCAGAUCUCGGAGCAAAAUGCCAGUGAUCCAGCGCAGGAAGUUGGCUUGUCCGAGGGGAUGGUAGAGUUUAAAGUCACACCCGGCAGUCGCAUUGACACCGUGGACCUCACUGUCAAGCUUUCAGAUACCGUCACCGCCGCAUUCUCAGUCUCCUUGAAGGUUCUUGUAGCUGCUACAUCAUCAGCUGAAUGAUGCCUGUGGGCAAAUGACCUGUGCCACUAUGAUUCCGCAUCAGCACUACGUCAUGUACUCUGUACUGUCUGAAGUAUCUUGUUCAGGUAGCACACCACUACCUACAGACAAGGAGUCAUUGCCAGUUUAGUACGACAUUGACUGCAUUUCCACAACAUACACCCACUGCUUUAAACAACGCUACUACUCUUGUAGAAGUAGUAGUUGUCGAUGAAGUGUGCGUGAUACUGUGUACCCAUUGCACAAGUAGCCUUCCAUGUUUUGCUUUUCACAAUUUUCUAUGGCGGCGCUGCGAACUCUUCGUCUCUACUUCUUCACGUGCUCCUCAGCAUUUGCUCCCAUUCCCACAUCCCUGGGAUAUCCCAAUGCUGAUUGCCAGUGCCCUGUGUUUUAUCAACCUGCAUCAUGUGCAUGACGUGCGACUGUACAUGGUACACGGCCAUGCUUUGCACUGGUAAUGGUAUUGUAUGAAUGGACUGGUUAUGCGUGAGCACAGUCCCAGCUCA